AUGUCCUCUCCGCCGUCUUCAAAACGCAAGCGCAGCGGUUCCCAACAUCUUCCCACCAAUGUCGCCAUUCCCUCGCCUGCAGAGCUCCUGCAGCCCUCCUCCCGCGACGCGUCCGGUGAGGAGGGCGAUGAGUCCACCGGCUCUGCCAUCCCCCUGCCCAGCAAGCACAAGAAACAGUCGUCCCUAGACGUCACCUCCGGCACAGUCCCGCCCCCCAAACGGGCCCGCAAGGCGUCCGUCAGUGAAACCCUCGUCCCAACAUCCAACGGCGACCUGCCCGACGCACCAUCGGCCGUCAGCAAGGAGGACCCUGGCGAGCCGUCCGAGACCACCGUCGCCAGCAGUGACAUCGAGAGUCGGAGCAAGAGCCGGCCGGGAUUGCAGGUGGACACAUCAGAGCGGUUGAUGCGGCCGCCAGACCGGGGUGGCAUUCAAGAUCCUGUAGGUUAUCGCACUAACCCUCCUCCGACGGGGCGGCCGGUGCGCGUGUAUGCAGAUGGCGUGUUUGAUUUGUUCCAUGUAGGUCACAUGCGACAACUGGAGCAGGCCAAGAAAGCGUUCCCCGAGGUGUUUUUGAUUGUGGGCGUAACCGGGGACGACGAAACACACAAGCGCAAGGGUCUGACGGUGUUGAGCGGUGCGGAACGUGCCGAGAGUCUUCGCCAUUGCAAGUGGGUGGAUGAGGUGGUUCCUGACUGUCCUUGGAUCGUGACGCCGGAAUUCAUCGACGAGCAUCAGAUCGAUUAUGUGGCGCAUGACGACCUGCCCUACGGCGCGGACGAGGGAGACGACAUCUAUGCCCCGAUCAAGGCCCAAGGCAAGUUCUUGGUUACGCAGCGAACGGAGGGAGUGAGCACAACGGGAAUCAUCACCAGAAUUGUUCGCGACUACGACCGGUAUAUUUCCCGACAGUUCAAGCGCGGAGCGUCCCGCCAGGAACUGAACGUGUCCUGGAUUAAGAAGAACGAGCUGGAGAUUAAGCGACAUGUGGCGGAGCUCCGGGACAGCAUCCGGACCAACUGGACGACGACAGGCCAGGAGCUGGGCCGGGAGCUGCGACAGUUCUGGCAGAACAGCCGGCCCAACAGCCCGCUGUCGAGCGCGCGGAAUAGCGUGGAUCUAGGCAGCUCGCGCAGCGGGGUCACCAGUCCGGUGCUGGGCAGCAAGGCGCACGUUUCGCGGGUGGAGGCGCUGGGGCGUCCCGAGAGCACGAUUGGCAACGGCCGGAACGAGCCCGACUUUGCGACGGGCUACAGCUUGGGGCUGAUUGGGGGUGUUCGGGCAUGGAUGCGCAGUCGGCACUCUCUGGUGGGCAGCCGGGCGCCGUCCCCGACGAGCGAGGAAGACCACGAAUCGGAGGUGGAGCGCAGCACG